GUUGCUAUGAAGAGAGGAAACAAGACUUUGGGGACUUUGUAGAGGAAAGAUAGAACAAGAAGAGCUAAAGAGGUAUCCUGAGAUGAGGGUCUUGAUCACAUACCCGAUGUCUAGUAAACAACUCCAGGCUUCCACAGACCUAGUCACCAGACCGUUCAGGUGGCACGUGAUUGUGAUUCUGGGAUCAGUCAUUGCAGUUUGUAUCUUGUACAUCAGAGUUUCCUGGCCUGUGGAACAGAGCAUGGUCCCUCUGCCCCCACGGCCCUGCCCCACCUACAAGCCCUCUGGCUCUCUCCCCAAGGAGCUCUUGGACCUGACCCAUCUUCUGCACUGGCCUUCCACCCCAGGAGAUGCUGGGGACCUUUUGGCCUCCACCAGUCCCCAGACUUCCACCUACCACCUGAGGGAUCCUUCCCAGGCCAGCUACACCCUGGGAGGCUACCUAGAGGCCAUCCUUAUUGCCAGAGACCACCAGGGCAGGCCCAAGACCUGUGGUGGGGAUCUGUUUCGGGCACAGCUGCUGGGUCCCCACCUGAAGGCGGGAGUCCCUGGGGAUAUCCAGGAUCUGGAGAAUGGCACCUACCUGUUGUCCUUCCCGCUGCUCUGGGCUGGGCAGGCGCAGGUGCAAGUGCGGCUGAUCCACUCCAGCGAGGCAGUUGGGGUCCUGCGGGGAAUCUGGAGAGACCAAUGGGCCACGGUCGAUUUCACGGGCUAUUUCCGAGGACCCACAGGAUAUGAAGAAAUUGUGACUUGUAAUGUUAACCCCCUGCUAACUGGGGAGGAAGAGUCUACCUGUCACUACAGGGAUGAAGAUUCUGGUGAGCUCUGGUUCUGUGCUCGACCCCCAACCCUGCCCUGUGACACGCUGGUAGGGCAUUCAAGUGGACAUUACUGGAAUGUGACCACACCACACGAGGAGGCCCUGCUGGCAUGGAAUGUGACAGACAAGGCCCUCCCUCAGGGUAUUUCUCCAAUCUGGGUGGCGGAGGAGAGCAACAAGAGUCUGGUUCCGUCCCCUCAACAACCAUGCCGCCCCGGGAUCCCGGGCCCAAAGCCCUCCGGCUUUUACCAUCAAGGUGUGUGGCACUCACUGUCCUGCUCCAGCCGCUCCUUCUCCACUGUGGACAGCAUCCUGGGCUGCCUGGCCGGUCACGUCAUCCACAUGAUAGGGGACUCCACGCUUCGGCAGUGGUGGGAGCACCUGUGUGACACCGUGCCCUCCCUGAAGCCUAUGGAUCUCCACACCACGUAUCAGACGGGGCCCCUGAUGGCGGUGGAGACCGCGCAGGGCAUAGUGCUGCACUGGCGGGCCCACCGCUGGCCCCUGCGCUCCCUGCGCACACCCGUGGCCUCCCUGCACUCCGUGGUCCGGGAACUGGGGGGCCUGGCCGGGGGCCCCCACACAGUGGUGGUGCUGGGCCUAGGCGCCCACUUCACCACCUUUCCCCCAUCUGUCUUUGUGCAACGACUCACAGGGAUCAGGGCAGCCGUGGCUGCGCUGCUGGCCCGGGAGCCCCACACUCUUGUGGUCAUCAAGCUGGCCAACACCGGCUACAAGUCCGUGUAUGGCAGUGACUGGUUCACCCUCCAGGUGAACCGGCUUCUCCGAGCCGCCUUUGCUGACCUCCGUGUGGCCUUUGUGGACGCUUGGGAAAUGACCUCCAGUCUGGCCCUGCCCGACCAGAUCCACCCAGGGCGGCUUAUUGUCCACAAUGAGGUCAACUUCCUCCUGUCCUUCAUUUGCCCCACUUGAGCGCUUCUGCAGGCCGUGGGCUGUGUGGAUGGGGAAGCUGGUGUGAUGAUCAAACCUGGAAGCCCUUCUCCCCAGCUGUCUGUACCUCUUCUCUUACUUUUCUAAUGCACAGGCAAUAAAUCAGCCAGUGAGAUCUGGGAUGUGGCGGGGGAAGCAGUGGCAGAGGAGGGAAACCUGGCAGUAGUCCAGUUCCCACACGGAAAAGCAGAGCUGAAGGGAUGAGGCAGAGACAGAGCCAGAAACAUCUAUCACAUCUGUGCGUAUAAGGAUUGUCAUUUUUUGACUGGAGUCUCCGUAUAGAGUGCCAGCGAGCCUUGCAGAAGUGUAAGAGAGGGAUUCCAUUUCAGUUCAUCAGAGCCACUCAAGACUUUAGGGGAGUUGAUUUGUAAAAUAAAAUAUGUCUCCUCAUUGUAAAAGUAAUGCAAUGCUUUUUGUAGAAAAUUUGAAAA